AUGGCCGACUCGAGUUCUGCUACCAGUAGGCAGCUAAAUAUCGCUGUCCGUUUAGACAUUUUGAAUAAAUUGGAGGCAGGUGGGAACAUAAAGGACUUGGCGCGUGAAUACAACGUGACGGAUCGAACGAUAAGACGUAUUCGGCAGAAUGCCUCGUCGAUACGACAGUUCGCGGAGGAGGAGUCUAAACUGCAAAGGAAGAGGAUGCGCUCGUCUACGUCCGCCGAUCUGGACAAAGAAUUGUAUUCGUGGAUCUUGGAACGCCGUACGGCUGGGGGCCGAAUAACCGACAAUAUUUUGAUUGAGAAGGCAAAGGCGAUGCAAGAGGAGACCGGCGGCCCGUCCAACUUCACAGCAAGCAGAGGCUGGCUUUGGCGAUUUAAGAAGAAUUACAACCUAAGCCAUGCGAAUGUACACGGUGAGUGCGACGACACGACGACGGACGAAUCUGCUGCGAAACAAUUUAUCCAGCAGCUUUCGCAGCUGCAGGACGAUCUUGAAAUCGGCGACGAUAAUCUGUACAACGUGGACGAGACGAGUUUACUCUGGAGGACGCUUCCCAAGGGAAUAAUGAUAAGCGCGAAUGAAAUUGGAAAAAGAUUCCGACAUAGGUUGCUGCAACGUUUCUCGCAAUACGAAAAUGGUACGUCAGAAUUCUAUGCUGAUUACGAUAUAAAGGAUUGUAUAGACUUGGUAAAUGAAGCAUGGAGCACUAUACUUUCUUUGAACAUAUUCGAUUCCUGGGGUAAAAUCCUUAAUCGAGGGACAAGACUGGUUGGAAGGAACUUGGCCGGCUCCUCUUCGUCGGGAACUGCUUCGUACGAAACAAUUUCUGACGAAGAGGUGACAGAAUGGAUCAGUCAGUGUGAAGAAGCAGAAAGGAUCGGAGAAGAUGCUAUCGAAGAGGCAGAGGAAUCUUCUCAUUUGCAGCCGCCUAGUCCAAUAGAAGCAGAAGAAAUUGACAGACUGUUAUAUUAUCUACGAAAGAUUACCGUAACAGAACCGGCGAUUGCAAAUCACGCAGAGUCUAUAAUAGAUUAUUACAACUCGAAAUAA